AUGCCCCCAGUCUACACCGUUAAUGUCAUACUGGGGUUGCUGGGAAACAUAGUUGCCCUGUGGAUAUUCUGCUUUAAACUGAAGACAUGGAACCCUAACCACCUGUUCCUCUUCAACCUGGUUAUCGCCGACUUCAUGGCUCUAUUUAGUGUGCCGCUGAGGGUCGAUUCCUUGAUCAGGGGCCACUGGGUGUUUGAAGAUGUUCUGUGCCGGAUCAACCUCUUCCUAAUGUUUGCUAACUGCUCGGCCAGCAUUGCGCUCAUGACCGUGGUGGCCAUCUACCGCUACUUUAGGGUGGUCCACCCUCACUACCGCUUCACCCGCAUGACCAAGCGGCAGGCUGCGUUCGUGUUGGUGUUUGUGUGGCUGUUGGUGAUCAGUCAUAGGGUUCCCAUUCUGGCUUACAACUACAUCAAGGACAGCGGCAACAACACCCAGUGCUUCUUUUUCACUCCUCACAUCCUCCUGUUGCACCACAGCAUACUGAUGGUACUGAUGGUGCUGGAGUUCAUCUUCCCACUGGCCAUACUGCUGUUCUGCUCCAUCCGGAUCUCCAGCUUCCUAAAGGAACGUCAGAUGGGAAAACCUGACAAGGUACGCAAGGCAAUGCGAGUGUGCGCCGCCAUCGUUGCAGUGUUUACGAUGUGCUUCCUACCCAGUACGGUGGUGACGAUCAUGUGGGUCAUCUGCUCAUACCGCUCGUGGGACUGUGCCGCCACCAACACUAUCGUGCUGCUCAGCCAUGUGUCUCUCGGGCUGAACUUCCUGAACUCAGCACUGGACCCCAUUGUCUACGUCUUCUCCAGCUCCAUGUUCAGGAAGGCCCUAUUGAGUGCGUUGCCCCUGCACCAUGCGCUGCGGCCAGAACACAGGCAAGAACACGCCUUCAGUUGA